AUGUCGAGACAGCAAGUCGAGGCAGCGUCUAAAGCAUUUGGCGAUACCUUGUUAGGCGCAGGUUUCGAUUUGCUGAAGUCGAAAUCAGGAGACCAACAUCCAGCAGGACCGCCUCAACAUGGCACCAUGGGACAGGCCGAGAGAGCCUUCUCUGCUGCAUCGACGUUCCUGUCAGGGGUACUGGCUAUAAGCGCUUCUCAAUUUAUUGGUGCUCCUCUCAAGCUCAUCGACCCAAAGUUCUACGAUGGAUACAUGGCCUGGACGAAAGAGUCUUUUGCUGUUCUCACUGCAACCAUGACCCAGUGGUGGGCUCCCACUGCUGUCAGAGUUACUGGAGAUGAGAGUAUGAAGGACCAGUUGUACCAAAUGGAGGACGGGAGUCUUCGAUGCAACUUUCCCCACCGUUUGGUCAUGAUGGCCAACCAUCAGCUUUAUACCGACUGGCUAUACCUCUGGUGGAUCGCGUAUACUAACAAGAUGCAUGGUCGGAUCUACAUCAUCUUAAAAGAGUCUCUGAAGAAUGUUCCCAUCUUUGGGUGGGGAGCUCAGUUCUACAACUUCAUCUUCUUGUCGAGAAAAUGGGAGACAGACAAGAGCCGCUUUCAACGGCAUCUGAGUCAACUCAGCGACCCUAAAGAUCCAAUGUGGUUGUUGAUUUUCCCAGAAGGCACGAACUUGAGCGAGACCACUCGUGCAAAGAGUAAAGCUUGGGCAGACAAACAAGGUAUCAGCGACAUGAAACAUCAACUUUUACCUCGCAAGACUGGACUACAAUUUUGCCUACAGCGUCUGGAGGAGUCGACAAAUUGGUUGUACGACUGCACAAUUGCUUACGAGGGCGUUCCAGAAGGACAGUUUGGUCAAGACAUAUUUACCCUGAAAUCAUCGUUCUUUGAAGGACGACCACCAAAGUCUGUAAACAUGUACUGGAGAAGAUUCAAGAUUAGCGAUAUUCCCAUCGACAACGAUGAAGCUUUCGAGCGGUGGCUCAAGAAUCGCUGGACUGAGAAGGAUUACCUGCUGGAGCACUUUUAUCGCCAUGGAUCUUUUCCCUCCGGAUGUCCGAUCAAAGCGAUGCAGGCCGAAGCAGCGUUGCGAAAAAUUGCAAAUGGUAACAGCAACGGAGAAAAGAAAAGUGUCGUCAAGCCAGUCAACAAGACUGCUAAGUUCAUCACAACCGAAGUCAAGGCUGGUGGAUGGGAAGAGUUUCUGGCCAUCUUUGCUCCGAUCACGGCCGCAGCAACAGCGCUCUCGAGUGGAGAUAUAGCACCAGGAAACAUCGACUUUGAUGCACUACUGAACAAGGUCGCCCAACAGCAACAACUUAAUCUGUUGAACACAGGUAAAGCACCGAAAGCGCCAAAGUCGACCGAAGACAUGCGACAAGCUCUGACAUAUGCUACGAAAUCAGCAGGCGGUCCACCGAUAAAAGGAUCUGCGGUGGAGAAGAUAACAAGAGAUGCUGCUCGGACACAGAGAGAGAUACAGGAAGCAAUGGGAAAGCAUCCGGUGGCAGAAGGCACCAAACCACCAACAGCUGGACGAAAUCUGGAUCCAAAGCUUAAGAACACUAUCGAUAGUGCGCACGAAGAAACGAGGCGACGACUCCUGCGAGCCUCUCAAUCGGCGUCUCCCAAGCCUGCACCAAAUGUUCGCAAAUCUCUACCCAUGACGCCUGUAGAGACUGCAAUUACGCGACCUCUUUCGACAUUGGCGAUGCAGAAAGCCAAACAAGGUGUACAGAAAAUAGCCGAAAAUAAGCAGAAGCAGCGAACGGCACCUGCUGCGAGCAAAAUUGGGACAUCAACCUCGUCAACAAGUAAGCAGCCAUCUCAAGCAUCGGCUGCUAGCAAGAAGGCUGGUAUGCCGAACGGUACCGCGGCCAGCAACAAGGCUGUAGCGACAAAGACUGUUCCAAAGGUAGCAGCCAAGCAAGCGCCUGUCAAAGCGAAGAAGCCGACAACAUGA